AAAUCGGCAGAUGACACUUUUCUUAACCAAUGAGAGCGCGUGAAACCGGCAGAUGACUAUCAUGCUGGCAAGUUGCCAGCGCAAGGCUUUAAGGACUGAGAAUGUACAUCCUUUCUCAUUGCAAAAUUAUUGUCUCAGUGGUUCGUCGUUACUCUUACUGAGUCUUAGUUUUUAUUCAGCCUAAAUAUGCGUGAGUGUAUCUCUAUUCAUCUUGGUCAAGCCGGUGUGCAGAUCGGAAAUGCCUGCUGGGAACUCUACUGUCUGGAGCAUGGUAUCCAGCCUGAUGGCCAGAUGCCUUCUGACAAGACCAUCGGAGGUGGUGAUGACUCCUUCAACACGUUCUUCAGUGAGACUGGAGCCGGGAAACACGUCCCUAGGGCAGUGUUCCUUGACUUGGAGCCGACUGUUGUUGAUGAAGUGAGGACCGGAACCUACAGACAGCUCUUCCACCCUGAGCAGCUCAUCACUGGAAAGGAGGAUGCUGCUAACAACUACGCCCGAGGUCACUACACCGUCGGAAAAGAUAUUGUCGACCUCUGCCUGGACAGACUCCGGAAACUGGCUGAUCAGUGUACUGGUCUCCAAGGAUUCCUCGUCUUCCACUCCUUCGGUGGAGGUACUGGAUCUGGAUUCACCUCUCUUCUCCUGGAGAGACUGAGUGUGGACUAUGGAAAGAAGAGCAAACUUGAGUUCGCCAUCUAUCCUGCUCCUCAGAUCUCAACUGCUGUGGUAGAGCCCUACAACUCCAUCCUGACCACUCACACCACCCUCGAACAUUCUGAUUGUGCCUUCAUGGUCGACAACGAGGCCGUUUACGACAUCUGCCGACGAAACAUGGACAUUGAAAGACCAACUUACACCAACUUAAACAGACUAAUGGCCCAGAUUGUAUCCUCCAUCACUGCUUCCCUCCGAUUUGACGGUGCUCUGAAUGUUGAUCUGACAGAGUUCCAGACUAACUUGGUACCCUACCCUAGGAUCCAUUUCCCUCUGGCUACUUAUGCUCCAGUUAUCUCCGCUGAGAAAGCUUACCACGAGCAGCUCUCUGUUUCCGAGAUCACCAACUCCUGCUUCGAGCCUGCCAACCAGAUGGUGAAAUGCGAUCCCCGACACGGCAAGUACAUGGCCUGCUGUCUUCUCUACCGUGGAGACGUUGUCCCUAAAGAUGUCAACGCUGCCAUCGCCACCAUCAAGACCAAGAGAACCAUCCAGUUUGUCGACUGGUGUCCCACUGGAUUCAAAGUUGGCAUCAACUACCAGCCACCAACUGUUGUUCCUGGAGGUGACCUGGCCAAGGUCCAAAGAGCUGUGUGCAUGUUGUCCAACACCACUGCCAUUGCUGAGGCCUGGGCUCGUCUGGACCACAAGUUUGAUCUGAUGUACGCCAAGAGAGCCUUUGUCCACUGGUACGUAGGAGAGGGUAUGGAGGAGGGAGAGUUCUCCGAGGCUAGAGAGGAUCUGGCUGCUCUGGAGAAGGACUACGAAGAGGUCGGUGUCGACUCUGUUGAAGAAGGGGGAGAGGAAGAUGACGAAGAAUACUAGACUCUUUUAAACGUUAAAACAUUGACAAAAGGAGGAGGAACACUAGAAGUUUAUAGAACUUUUACAGCUGCCCGCUUACUUGCCCAAUACUUACAAACAUACAUUUUUUGGUUUGAAAGUUUUGUAAUGACUCUUUGUGCUAUGAUUUUUUCAAAACUUUAAAGCUUAGAAAUCA